CUUCGUCGCAAAGGAAUUAAAACCGUGUACAAAAUGUCUUCCUUUAUAAAUUGUUCAGCUUUUAACUCCAAAUCUAUCAGAAAAACAACACUCGCAGAAUCCCCAAAUCUCUGUGCCAUCCCAAUUUCAUCAUGACAGGAACACAUGAAGAAACACAAUCCCAUCAACCCCAACUGUCUUCAACUGUCACAGAGGCAACACAGUCUCAGCAGGAAUCUCCAGCUCCACCUUCUGAAGAGGAAGCCAAAAAAUGGGGCACCCACAUAAUGGGAGCCCCGGCCGACCCUACAGCUCACCCUGACAAUCAAAAAGCCGCCUCCUGGAACGCUUCAGAUCACCAGCAAAUCUACCAACAGCCUUACAUAGUUUACUCCCCCAUUGACAAGCCAACUAACAACCCUUUAGAAUCUGUGAUUCACAUGUUUAAUUCCUGGAGCAGGAAAGCUGAGACUAUAGCUCGCAACAUCUGGCACAACCUCAAAACUGGGCAUUCUGUAUCUGAAGCUGCAUGGGGGAAGGUGAAUUUGACGGUCAAAGCGAUGACAGAGGGAGGGUUUGAGUCUCUUUUUAAGCAGAUAUUUGCAACUAAUCCAAACGAGAAGUUGAAGAAGACAUUUGCUUGUUACCUUUCCACAACAACUGGCCCUGUUGCUGGAACCCUCUAUUUAUCAACUGCUCGGGUGGCUUUUUGCAGUGAUCGUCCCUUAUCUUUCACUGCUCCAUCGAGACAGGAGGCUUGGAGCUACUACAAGGUUAUGAUACCUUUGGCCAGUAUUAGCAGUGUCAACCCAGUGAACAUGAGUGCAAAUGCAUCAGAGAAGUAUAUUCAGAUUGUCACCAUUGAUGGGCACGAAUUUUGGUUCAUGGGAUUUGUUAAUUUUGAGAAAGCAUCGCUUCAGCUCUUGGAAAGUGUGACAGAAUACAGAGCAACUGGGAUUGCAGGAUAACAACCAGUAAUUGGUUAGGCUCUUUUGUUCGUCCUCCUUCAUCCUUCUUGAAUCUCUGAUUCCCUGUAGUUGAUUUCUACCACGUAAAAAGAAGAGUGCAUCAGUUAGGUUGUAAUUUUUACAUGUUUCCAAUUUCAUUUUCAUGUGUAUUUGUUUUGUUUGUUUCCAAUCGACAUGUUAAAAAAAAAUGGACCGAGUUUUCUUGUAUAUAUGUUUUAAUAAACUCUUACAACUAUAUUGCAUGAUCUUUGACAGCCUGAAAAUCUUGUGAAUUCAAGUGAGAGAUCCUAGAAAUACAAUUUCAAAUUUCUUGAGCUUUCA